CGCUUCGGCCUAUGGUUUCAAGAGCUGAUGGAGUGUGAUUCAGAUAUACAAACGGGCGGGGGAAGAACACGCAAUACACAGGGGAACGAGGCUUUCGGGGAUGUGCAACCCCCGGGAGGGCGGAUCAUCAUCACGCACGAUACAGCCCGUUAUUUCAAACGUUUUCAACUACGUGGUCGGGAGAUAACAUUGCGUAUCCGCCAGCCUCACGCUGGCGCAAACGUGACAACAUGGCUUAAAGGAGCAUUCCGCGAUCUUCGGACGCAUCUCACGAGUCACUGUGAGGGUGGUGACUACGCGGGGAUCGCGUUCUCCGCGAGCUGCUUAGCGCACGGCCCCGUCUGGCUUUCAUUCCGUCCUGUCCGCACCUAUACAUUUGUAGAUAUCUGGCAAUUAAUAACAAACAUAGCUCAAAGUGCAGCGUCUCUGGAUAUUAAUGAUUCUUUCCAUAUAAAAGUAUGUAUCGUUAAAGGUUUGGAGGGUAGGGGGCGAAAAGGUUUGACACACGAGGGCGUUGCUAAAAAAUUAAUUUUAACGAUUCGAAAUACCGACAAUCUGUGUCUACCGCGCUCGUUAGUAACAGCACGCGCGUACGCGGAAAGGGGUGAGAUACGCUCGGGGGCUCUGCAUUCUAGAUGGCAGCGUAUACGACAGAUUAACGGGUCGCUUCAAAAAGAGGCGGCGCUUGAGCUCACGAGAAGCGCAAAUGUUGUUAUACAGCCCGCUGGCUGUGGUAUGCGCGAAAUUGCUAUAUACCAGAAUUAUUUGGCUCGCGAGGGGUUAGCUAUCGUGGUUUUCGAGUUUUUGACUUUGGGGCGACGCGAAAGACCGGUGUUUGACGGUACACAGACGGUUAUGGAUACAGUAGGCUCAGUCAGGCACACGUUAUACAUUCUGUAUUAUGAGCGGUCGCAUCAUUUCCAGCCUAUCUUGAAUCUGCGUGGUGCUGUAGGCAGCUUAAACUUCUGCGCAAUCUGUAACGCCCGUUCUCGUCGGGAUCAUAGAUGUUUAAAAAAGAAAUGCCCUCGCUGCCUUCAAGCACCGCCCUGCGCUCUGGGAGCAGCUGCCGCGAUCAGAUGCGAGACAUGUAACCGCGAUUUUUUUGGGGAACAAUGUUUAGAAAAUCACAGGGCUAUUACCAUCCGUCGUAAACACAGGGUAAACACUGUUUGCGAGUCUCUUCAGCGGUGCCGUAACUGCUUUCGCGCGAUAAGACCUUUAGAGAAAAAGACGCAUGUGUGCGGGGAGGGUUUCUGUAAAACGUGUAAAUCGCGGCACCCCUAUAAUAGCCUGUGCUAUAUGAGGCCUAUUCGCGUCGAUGAGAGGCCAAAAGAGAACAUAUUCAUAUUCUAUGAUUUUGAAACGCAGCAGUGUACCCCUGUAAAAGGUGAUCCUACAACGCGCGUUCACGAACCGAAUCUUUGCGUAGCUCAACGUGUCUGCACCAAGUGCUGCGAUAAUGCUUCUAUAGACGAGCCGUGCGAGCAUUGCGGGGAUCACGAGUUUAUAUUUAGGACGAACCCUGUGUGUCAACUUGUGGAGUUAGCCAUACAGAGUAUGCCGAACUUCUCUCACAUAUUUUUAAUAGCCCAUAACGCCGGUGGUUUCGACGCCCAGUUUAUCCUGCGCUACCUCAUCGAGGAGAAAAAAACGCAGCUCCCAUCUUUAAUAAUGAACGGCACUAAAAUCAUCACAAUGCGCGUUGGCAAACUCGUGUUUCUCGACAGCUUGAACUACUUUCACAUGCCUCUGAGUGCACUGCCUAAAUCUUUCGGUCUAAAAACUGCUCUCGCCAAAGGAUCUUUUCCGCAUCUGUUCAAUAGGCCCGAGAAUCAAAAUUAUAUUGGGCCGAUGCCGCCCGUAGCCGAUUACUCUCCCGACACUAUGCGCCCGGAGGAACGCGAGCGUUUUUUUGCAUGGUAUACCGAAUUAAAGAAUGCCUCUUAUGUAUUUAACUUUUCAAACGAGCUCAUAACCUAUUGUAAAAACGACGUUACGAUACUGAGACAGGCCUGUGUGGUUUUCCGGAAAAUGUUCAAGGACAGCGGACGCGUUUGCCCGUUUAGCGAAAACACAACAAUCGCGUCCGCCUGCUUUCAAAUCUUUCGAAAAAAUUUUUUAAAACCUAACACGAUCGGUAUUAUACCUACGGGUGGUUACAGAUGGGCUCACAAUCAGUCAAAAAAAGCGAUCUCUUGGCUCGUGUGGAUGGAGCAUUCUUUAAAUCGUCGUAUCAUUCACGCAGGACGCUCGCGCGAGUUUAAAUUGCCUUAA